CCCGUUUGGUGUACGUCCGUGCGUUGAUCGACAUGCCAACUACGCAGUGGCUUGCAGCUCUGUGUCAGUUCCUCGGCUUGCUGGCUCUCGUAGAAACGACCUUCGUCAAGAACUUCACCCUAGCUGAAGGUUACGACAUCCAGUAUCCCCCACCAGGUUAUGUGCCUUUCCCGAUCAAAAUAAAAGCUGAAGUCAUGCACAUCAUCAACGUCCGAGAGUUGGACUUCGUGCUGUCGCUGGACCUGGUGGUGCGGCACAUCUGGACCGAGACGCGGCUCCAGGUGGGCGACUCCAUCAAGGCCGGGCAGCGCUACCUGGUGCGCAGGGAGAAGGCCGGGCUCUUCUGGAAGCCCCAGGUGCACCUGAGGAACCUCAUGGGCUACGAGCAGGCGCACGGCAGCGAGGACAUCUCCUACCUCUUCGUGUUCCCCGGCGGCAAGCUCAUGGUGCUCGAGAGAGCCUACAUGGAUAUCCGGUGCGAUUUCGACUUCCAACUGUACCCUUUGGAUGUCCAGACAUGCAUGAUUGAGUUCUUAUUGCCCAUGUCCCGCAGCGACGAGGAGACGCUGGAGUGGGACGACAAGCGGGGGGGAGUGACCUUCUACAUGCAGCCGGCAGCCAAGAGCUCCCGCCUGCCCAAGUUCAGGGUGCAGCUGGUCACCUGCGAGGAGAACUACACCACCUUCCACGCCGCAGGGAACGUUUCGUCGCUUCGCUUCUGGGUGAUCCUGAACCGGGAGCUGGCCAACCACAUGCUGGAGACGUACAUCCCCACGGGACUGUUCGUGGUGGUGUCCUGGGGCAGCUUCCUGGUCAACCCCGAGGUGGUCCCGGGAAGGAUGGUCCUGCUCGUCACCAACCUCCUGUCCCUCAUCACCUUGUUCGAGUCGAGCAGGAGUACGUCGCCUCCCUGCGUCGGCGUGAAGUCCAUGGACGUGUGGUUCCUGGCGUGCAUCUCGCUGGUGGUGCUGGCGCUGGUGGAGUACUGCGCCAUCCUGUACCAGAUGAAGCAGGGCCAGGAGACCACCACGCACACCUACUGCAAGCUGUUCACGGCCUCGGCCGAGUCCGGCGCAGCGCUGGGCGUCGACCGAGACCUCGAGGCGAGUUCAGACACGCAGUAG